GCGCUGGUCGCUCAGCACGACGACGGGGAGCUUUACUAGCGGACUCGUACUCCAUCCUGAAAGUCACGAAGGAUCAAAACGAGGAGCACGCAGUCUUUCCCCGUCUCAACGUUGAUCACAUCGCGUCAUGAAGGACCUCAAACAGACGAAACUCUCCUUCGCAUCCGUACCGAGAAAAAGCGACGCUACCUCCCGCCCCUUGAGUGGGACGACCUCUGCGUCCAAGGACAUCCCAGCUAAGGCCCAGCGACGGCAAGGCUCGCUGCUCACAAAGGCACGAUCACACUCCGGACACGCUGCUUUGGAAUGCGUUGAGAUCCCUCCGCCUCCGAAACGGAGCUCCCGCUUGAAAGCUGCCUCCAACGCUUCUACUCCUCUCAAACCAUCUUCCUCGAAGACACCCAUAUCGGCUCAGGCCAUGGAGCCCUCGCUGAAGCGCAAGUUCUCUCCGCCCCCCGACGCGGACACCGAGUGCUCUCGAGAAGUCGUCCAUCUGCCCCGCAUUGCAGUCCAGCCAGCGUCCUCUCCCGCUACAGGUCAGUCUUCUCGCCAGCAGCGUCCUCUGAUCCCAAAGGACAACAACUUGGUAGCCGGAGAAAACGACACAACUGUCCCAUCUCGCAAGAAAUUACGCCUUUCUUCCCCAUCCUCUACUCUCACUCCACUCCCGCCAAGCUCACUCCACGACACGGAAUCGGACGACAUAGAGUUCGUCCCCACGAGUCAGUCGGACGAACAAGAGCUCACUUUGCCUAGGAUCCCCGUCGCGAAAGAUCCGGCUGCAGUCCAGGAGAGCGUCGUCAAGUGGCGAAAGGAGACCUUGGCCGGCCCACCCAGCCAAGCCGACUCUGUCCAGUCCGAUCCCUUCUACUCUCCAUUCUCUGAGCUCAGCGAGGUGUCGAUGGACGUCGAAUUUGACCCCUUCCCUCCCUCCGAAGACGUGCUCGAGAUGCCUGCCUACCAGAAACGACCUAGGGGUCACGAACUGCAGUACCCGCAUACACCGUGCUCAUCUUUGGCCACGCCGGCAUCCCGGCCCGAAACCUCCGCUCUGCAGCGCAGCUCGAGCUCAAUCCUUGAUGCGUCUCCGUCGGAGGCGUUCUGCUCGUUGACGCCGCCUCCCUCGAGCGUUACGGACAUGCCCCUUGAGGAAGUUCCUCAGGUAGAGCCAAUGGACACAGAGAGCAAGACUAGGCAGCUCAUCGCGGACAUCAAGGCGCGCGCAUACGCUGCAGCGCAUUCAAGCCCGGAGCAGUCCGCGAUCGAUGUGGGCUCGCUGAGUGACUCUGAGUCGGAAAGUAGCGGCGAAGAGGACUUUGCCACCCUCAUUGAGAAGGCGAAAGCCAAGAGCAGGACGCAAGUUACACCAGCCAAGGCCAUUGCGCCGACACCCACGCCUGAGGUUACACAAAGAUACUACCUCCGCCGCAACUCGCCUUCCUCCAAACCAAAGGCGCGGCCUACCACUCCCCCACCCGAGGGGCGCAAGCCGUCCAAGAAUCCCAUCGAGGUAUUCCUGCGCGAGAAGAAGCGCGAGGAGCGGAACGGCACCGGGAUGGCCGCGGUCCGCGCGGCAGAGAAGGACCUUGCCAAUUCCAAGUCCGAGGCCGAGCAGCUCUCCGAGAUGGAGGACGAGGAGGACGGCUCGAGCAGCGACGAGGACUGGGAGCGUGGGCUGGACCUGCUGCGGGACCACCGCAAGAGCAAAUCCAAGACGAGUUCGCCCGUCAUCGGGCCGUCGGGCUCGCAUAGGUCGUCGCGCCGAAGUCGGGCUGGGACCUACGAUGAGGACGAGGAGACGACGGCUGUCGGAGACAUUCUGGCCAAGGAUAUGAAGGAGAACUUGGCGAAGGCGCUUGCGAAGCAGAACGAGCAGCCUGUUGGGGUGCCUCUAUGGAGUCCCGUGGAUGCAGCUGAACGUGAUGCGAGCAUGGACAUGGAGUUCAGCCUUAUCAUCCCUAGUGGUGAUAUCGACGUAUCCGGAAACGCGAUGUUGCAGCUCUUGAUGCGCGCUACUAGGCAGAAUGAUAUCAAACAAGCAUUUGCCCUCUUAUCGUCAGGGCUUGUGGGGCUCCUUGCCAUGGCGCAGUAUUCACUCAUUGUGCCGUGGCUGGCUGACGUAGCCUUUUCGGAUGGCGACUCAUCGCUGCGCACCCUGGCAUACACUCAGCUGAUGCGUCUCGCCCCGCGAGCGGACUCUCGUCGGUCGGCACUAGACUUCUCAUUUGUAUUGCGCGUCUUGUGCCGUCUUGGGGCCUCCCCCACCGUUCUUGAAGAGCAUGGGUGGUCAAUACCUUCCGCACCGUUGUUAGGUGUACCCCUUCGUAUAGAGGAGCGAGAUGAGAUGUGCUAUCGUCUCGCUUCCCUUGUUAACUCCUACGCCGAGUCCUUUGCCACUGAGGAGCUCAGCGAUGUCCUACUUGCCAUGGUAUUGAUCGGAAUGGACCCUACAACUCCAGAGGGCGUCCGAAUCGACAUCCGAAAGGCUUGUGACAGUCUUGAGCAAGCGAUGGACCUUGCGCAGCAAGUGGAGCUCGACGCAUGCACAAAGCUCGUCACCUUCGGGAAGAUCCUGUCACCUCCCACCCAAGCACUUCUCAUGUCCUUCAUACCCGGGACUUCCGCCUCAACUGUCCGCAUGGCGCGAUGCGUGGCGCGGUCUCUGCUCCUGGAUACCACGCCGUCUCCAGCAGAGUACCAAAAGAACCUCCCGGACCUGUUGCCGGUAGUCGAUCUUUUGGUGCCAGAGCCCGGCUCUUGUAAAUCGUUCGACGUCGUUGGCAACAUGGGCAAGGAGGGUUACCACGAUGACCUCACGUGCAAGUUGUUCAUACUCGGCCGCGUUCUUUCUGACGUCGACGAAUACACCUUGGCCGAGAAGCAGGUGGUUCCAAAGGCGCGGAUGUCCGAGCUGGAGGAGGGCGCUGACGGGGAAAGGGUACAAGAGAAAGAGCCAGAGCAGAAGUUGACCCUCCUUCAGCAAGUCUCGAGGUGCCUUGACCUACUUCAUGGCAAGAUCGUGGACACUCGUGCUGCUCACCUCGAUCGCUCCCGCGCAAAGGCCGUGAUUCAGCGUCUUUCGUUCCGCGUGCACUAUCAGCGUGCAGCCACUCUAAAGGCCGGUACGGGCGACAAGUCGGAUCUUCGCAGAUACUUCCUCAAGUCCUCCUGAGGGCCUGUGCAGCGCGCUAUGUCUCGAUCUGCCAUCAUUCACUCCUUUUUAUCUGGUUCUCGGAUGAUGCCAUGCAGGCAAUUGUAAUCGUGUUUUGUUCUUCUCCUACACUCGCAACGCGCCUAGAUUACACAGUAUCCCCCACACUGAAUAUCCCGCUAGAAUAUUGCGUUCACAACGCUUAAUAUCUUAGCGUAUACCUGACUUGCUAGUGACACAGCCUAUUCUUAUCGUUUCUGCUUUGUUAUGUGCCUGUUUGUAGUUCCGCUGGCUGUCCUUCGCUCUCCGUAGUUCGCAUAUGUAUCGCACGGCGAGCAUGUUGUCGGGACCUUCAAGAAAC